AUGUUGCAUGUUGCGAGUCGCAUCAUUUUGACCGGUUUCGCCGCGUCACUUUUCUUUGGCUAUCAGCCUCUCAAGCACGGGCUCAAUACUUACACCAAAUCUUCGGUCGCGAGCAGCUAUAUCCUCUCACUCACCACGGUGCUCGCGAUCGUCUUCGCAUUUGCUGGCCCGACGCACGUCGCCCUGCAAUUCUGCUGGAACUGCUUUUUUAAACCUCUCGGAAAGAGCAAGGAUCAAGAAGGACGUCUUAACGCGUUCUACUCUGGACAAGCACAUAGUGCGUCGACCCAGGCACGGCAGCUGAGGCCAAUGGCAGCCUGAGCGGAGUAGCUGACGUGGGAACGUGGGCACUGAGCCCUAAACCUUUGCCUUAAUCCGCAGUCUAUGACAAGACGCGCAACGCGCUUCUGCGUGGCCGUAGGACCAUGCUGAAGCUGUCCGCCGCUCACCUUCGAGAACAACGCAAGAGCGAUCCCUGCAAACGCCUCAUCUGGCUGGAUAUCGGAGGCGGCACUGGUGAGCACAUGGCCCGUGGCCCCUUUGUGCUCUCCAGAGCUUGGAGCCUCACGUGCCAUGGCGCCGAAAUUGACAAACUUCCUCACCUGUGUGCACAGGGUGGAAUGUAGAGGAAAUGGACAAAGUAGGUGAAGCACUGGGUGUCAAACGCUUUGCUGAGCUAGCGCAGGCGCGACUUUUGCCCCGCCGAUAGCUGCCGCACGUGCGAGCGUCGACCUCACCGGCUUCGGCCCCACCCCCACAUACAAGCGCUAUCUGCUCUCAGCUCGGCUCCUUCGACCACGUUGUUGUACGCUUGCUCAUCUGCGGUUACUGACGUAUUUUUGUCACAGUACUUUUCGAUCGCCGACUUUGACGCGGUGUAUGUCUUGGACCUGUGCGAACCCCUAUUGACCGUUUCGCGCAAACGCUUUGAGGCCAGGGGAUGGAAAAAUGUGCAUUGUCUCUUACAGGUGAGCGCUCCUGAUCAGCUGGAUAAUUUGGUCUGAAGCUAGGAGACAUCGUUCGACCGCUGAAGUUACAUGACAAACUUAGGAUGCUACCGCAUUCGUUUUGCCCGGCUGGGAAGACGGCGCGGCUCCGGAGGGUGCACUUGACUUCGUCACGAUGUCCUACAGUUUAUCAAUGAUGCCAAACAUGUUGGCUCUCAUUGAUCGAGUCGAUCGCUUCCUGAGCCCUUCGGGAUUGCUCUCCGUCUGCGAUUUCUACGUCUCAGCUCGUGAGAAAUCCUCACUAGCUGAGACCAUUGGGGACGUCGCUUCGCGCCAGUGCUCCUGGCUUACGCGACUGUUCUGGCUUCAUUGGUUUGAGUUCGAUCACGUCGACCUCCACCCGUCACGGCGCCAGUACCUCGAGCAUUGUUUCGCAACAAUCAAAUCAUUCAAUGGUCGCAACCACUUUGUCCUACCCUGGAUCGUGCGGAUGUGAGUCGCACUCUAUGGGUCCAUGGCCUGCAUACCUGAUCCUGACUUUGGGGAGAGGCUCUACAAAUAGCCCUUACUACGUCAACCUGAUGACAUCCCGCCGUGCCGACACAUCGCGAGCCAACGUUGCUUACGAAGUCGACGCAGGCAAUAUCAUAUCGGCAUCUGCGUCGCCACUCCUUGCUGCUGCACGACAGUCCAAUGUCGAUCUACCGGCGCUCAAUAUUGGCCUCGCGGCUCUGUCGCGUCGCAACUCCUCGCCGCAGCAACUUCGCCGAUCCAAAUCACAAGAGAGCGCGACCACUCGUAUCGACGUGUCGCCCGUCGAGCAAUUGAGCUCGUUUCACUACGGCAAAAGACAGUUCCGCGUGCCGUACCUGGAUUCACCGGUGCACAAAGAAUUCCGAACCUGGAUCUAUGGGUUCACAGUGAGCGCCUCCGGUUGUUUGCCUUUGGCCCCACAAGCAGUUGCUAAGGAUCGUUUGCGUUUCGUUCUCAUCUUGCAGUGGGAAGACCCGGCCGUCGAUAUGAAGUACUUGAAGCCAACAAAGGACGAUUCCAUCCUGUGCAUCACCUCGGCCGGAGACAAUGCAUUGCACUGUAAGUUCAUCUUCAACGGUGGUCAAGAACCUUCCCCUCAAGAACUAAUUUCUCGACCCGAACGGCAGACGCUAUCGCUGGGGAACCGGGUCAACAACCGAGGCGUAUCCACGCCGUAGACAUGAACCCUUGCCAGGGUCACCUGCUGGAGCUCAAGCUCGCCUCAAUCUGCGCUCUGGAUUAUGAGGACCAUUGGAAAGUAAGUGUCCUUUAGCGGCGUUGCUGUAACAGGCAGGCUACCAGCACAAGCCAAGGGAGUAUGGGUAGCUAACCUUAAAUGUUUACGUUGAUUUGCAUGGGGAUUAAUUAGCUUUUUGGUGAAGGAAAGCACCCCCAAUUUCGCGAACUGCUCGACACCAAGCUUUCACCGUUCUUGACCUCCCACGCGUACCAAUUCUGGCGCAAGAACGACCGUGCGUUUGCAUCCUCUUUCUACCUCCGAGGCUACUCUGGCUGGGCCCUCCGGCUGGCCAAGGUUGCGCUCAAGAUCGGGAGGUUGUCCAAGGAAGUGGACGCGUUCGUCUCGGCGACCACACAAGCAGAACAGAAGAAGAUUUGGGAAGACAAGAUUAGACCGGUUCUGCUCAGCAAAUUCAUCACCAAGCUCUUUCUGUCGAACUCUGCGUUCCUAUGGAAUGCGCUGGGUGAGUUCUCAAGUCCCGGAGGCUCGGUCCCGCUGAAGCCGGCAGAGCAAGUACAAGCGCUAACUGCUGCGCGGACGACAACGCUCCACUAUCAGGUGUUCCGACCAACCAAGCUCAAGUGUUCCUAUCCGAGACAACAACCGAACAGUUUGCAAUCGAUACUCUCGACCCUGUGGCCCACAGCACCCACAUCGCAUCAGGAGCGUACCAUUACCAGGUCUGCCUGACGCAGAGAUACACUCAUGACUCCUGGCAAGUCACAAGUUCCCCGGCCUCUGCGAAGAUUUCUCCCCAUCGCCGAGUGGCAAGUUCUUACCGAGGUUUGCACCUUGCUCUUCACAGCCCAGAAUACCUUACGCGAGCUGGUUUUGAGGCACUCAAGAAAGACAACGGGGCGAGACUGGAUUCUUUCCGUCUCCACACCGAUUCCAUCAUCAAUGUUAGAACAAGAAUGUGCCGAGUGCGCCCGAUAAGGCUUUUCGCAGCUUACCUGAUUCCGCGACCGAUUAUGCAUCUGUUUGGCAGGUGAUGAAACGACUUGGAAGUAAUUCGCUGACUAUUGCGAUCAUUAUGGACCUGCAAGAUUGGUUCCGUAACUCGCUGGGCGACUCGGACGAAACAGUCAGAUCUAAUCCUUGCGAUUUGACUUUAACGAUCCGCGCCCUCCGCAACGCACUUGCUCCUGGCGGUCGAGUUUUCUGGCGCAGUGCCGGUCUUGAGCCGUGGUACAUCGCUCUCUACAAGCGCGAGGGCUUCAGAGUCGAGUCAGUGUUUUUCCUGAUCACUUCGUUUACAAUCCUACUAUGACCGACGCUGAUACCAAAAGUUCCCGUCAUUGCUGUACAGAUGCAUCCACCAACGGGAGAUAGGAUCCAAGACCCCGAUAGAUCGGGUCAAUAUGUACGCAUCAUUCUAUGUCGCGUACAAACUUUAG